GCUGGAGACUCCAAAAGCUGCUUUUGUGGGGCAGGGGCUGGGCGGCUGCUGAGGCUAAAGGGUGACAGCUUCAGGAACAUCCUCCAAGCGAUUGAGCUGCAUCCCCUGGAAAAUCCCCCCAAAAUGGGGAUGCGAUGGACGCAUUUUCUGGCAGCUCCCUGCUGUGAGCAUGGAAGGGGUGCUGGGGCAGAAGCAGCGCCCGCAGUGGGGGCACAGGGGACACCCCACAGCCCCCUCUGUCCCCGCAGCCCCAAAGCGUGCAGGUGGCACAGGAAGGAGCCGGGGCUCGCCCGCCCGCCCGCAGCGAACCCCACGGCGCCGAGGGGCUGAGCGAGAGCCUCCGACUUCCUCCUGGCCCAGGCGAGCGCAGCAGCCGCAGGCGAUGUGUCCCGGCCGGCGCUGCUGGGGCCUCGGCUCCCUCCUGCUGCUGCUGCUGCUGCUCGGGCAAAACCUGGGCCUCCUCGUGGAAAUCCCGCAGGAUGCAGUCACUGGCACCGUGGGGCAGUCCGUGCUCCUGCCCGUCUCCUACAGAUGCAACAGCUUCCCUUGCUUCCCAAUGUCAAUUAGGUGGAUAUUUGGUCACACCUCACAAAGAACCAUCUUCUGCAGCGUGCACAACUGCUCCCUGGAUGAUGGGGGCACUCCCAAGAACUGCUCCACAAGCUGUUUCACCAAUAUUACACAUUCAGGCCGUGUUGUGCUCUUCCCCGAGAACGCAUCCCUGCUGCUGCAGGACCUGCAGCUCAGUGACAGCGGGGUGUACACCGUCAGCUUCCAGCACCAAAUACAAAUCAGGAACAUCACCCUGACCGUGCUCCAGCAGCCUGUCCCCACAGAUCCUACCAGCGAAGGGCAAAACCUGGGCUUCCUCCUGGAAAUCCCGCAGGAUGCAGUCACUGGCACCGUGGGGCAGUCCGUGCUCCUGCCCGUCUCCUACAGAUGCAACAGCACCUCUUGCUUCCCACUGUCAAUUAGGUGGAUGUUUGGUCACACCUCACAAGUAAUCAUCGCCUGCACAGUGCAGAACUGCUCCCUGGAUGAUGGGGGGGCUCCCAAGAACUGCUCCACAAUCUGUUUCCUCCAUCCUGCACAUUGGGGCCGUACUGAGCUCUUCCCCGAGAACGCAUCCCUGCUGCUGCGGGACCUGUGGCUCAGUGACAGCGGGGUGUACACCGUCAGCCUCCAGCACCAAAGACAAAUCAGGAACAUCACCCUGGCCGUGCUCCAGCAGCCUGUCACCCCAGACCAUUCCAGUGAAGGGAGAAACCUGGGCUUCCUCCUGGAAAUCCCGCAGGAUGCAGUCACUGGCACCGUGGGGCAGUCCGUGCUCCUGCCCGUCUCCUACAGAUGCAACAGCACCCCUUGCUUCCCAGUGGCAAUUCAGUGGCUGUUUAGUCAGCCCUUAGAAACAAUCAUCGCCUGCACAGUGCAGAACUGCUCCCUGGGUGAUGGGGGGGCUCCCAAGAACUGCUCCACAAACUGUUACCCCUAUCCUACACAUUGGGGCCGUGUUGAGCUCUUCCCCGAGAACGCAUCCCUGCUGCUGCGGGACCUGCGGAUCAGUGACAGCGGGGUGUACACCGUCAGCUUCCUACAGCACCAAAGACAAAGCAGGCACAUCACCCUGACCGUGCUUGAGCAACCUGUCACCCCAGACCACUCCAGCAACAGCACUUCUCAACCAGCAGGAAGAAUAGCCACACGCAUCCCUUGCUGCAUCCUCGGAGGCUGCUACUGCUUCAUCCUGCUGCUCCUGCAGCUGCUCUUCCACCUGUGCUGGCUGCGGGGCAGCCGUGGGGAAGCCUGCGGCUGCUGCUGGGGAGAAGGGAGCCAGCGUGCGGGAGCAGCCAGGGCCGGGGCACAAUGAAGUGCCCAGAGUGGGGGCACAGGGGACACCCCACAGCCCCCUCUGUCCCCGCAGCCCCAAAGCGUGCAGGUGGCACAGGAAGGAGCCGGGGCUCGCCCGCCCGCCCGCAGCGAACCCCACGGCGCCGAGGGGCUGAGCGAGAGCCUCCGACUUCCUCCUGGCCCAGGCGAGCGCAGCAGCCGCAGGCGAUGUGUCCCGGCCGGCGCUGCUGGGGCCUCGGCUCCCUCCUGCUGCUGCUGCUGCUGCUCGGGCAAAACCUGGGCUUCCUCCUGGAAAUCCCGCAGGAUGCAGUCACUGGCACCGUGGGGCAGUCCGUGCUCCUGCCCGUCUCCUACAGAUGCAACAGCACCUCUUGCUUCCCUAUGUCAAUUAAGUGGACAUUUGAUCACACCUCACAAAGAACCAUCGCCUGCACCGUGCAGAACUGCUCCCUGGAUGAUGGGGGGACUCCCAAGGACUGCUCCAUAGAAUGUUACCCCAAUCCUACACACUGGGGCCGUGUUGUGCUCUUCCCCGAGAACGCAUCCCUGCUGCUGCAGGACCUGCGGCUCAGUGACAGCGGGGUGUACACCAUCAGCCUCCAGCACCAAAGACAAAUCAGGAACAUCACCCUGACCGUGCUCAUUCAGCCUGUCACCCCGGACCAUUCCAGCGAAGGCAUCAGCAAGCAAGACCACAUACAAAACUACAUAAUUGGAGCUUCCUCGUUAAUCUUUCUCCUGCUGUUCCUGGUCUUCUGCGUUUGGCGCUGGGGUGCAGUGCAGAAGAAGAAGAUGAGAAUCGUUAAACAACAGCAGAAGGAUUUGGAAAUGCCAUCCCCAGAGAGCAUGGCAGGACAAGGGAGGACUGCUGAGAUCUGCUCCUCCACAGUGGUGAGUGGAGUCCACCCCAAGCAGAAAAGGCUCUUGAUCUCCCUGGUGCCUGCUAGAGCACAAAAUAACCUGCAGCAAAAUGAAGACCGAGGUCUGAAUUUGGACGCCCAGAAACACAACCACCCCUUUAUGAGCCUUGUGUGUCCCAGAGCAGCUUCUUCUUGGAGAAGACACCUUUGGAGAGCCCGGUCCCUGAAACGCCAUCUGCAAAGAAGACCUGCAAGGCAGGGGGGAUUAAAUCCUCCCUGUGGGACCAGGGCCUCGGGGGGGGCACCAGGGAGCCCUUGCAGGAGGUGAUGUCCUGCUGCACCCAUGCUCAGCUAAGGCACAGGGAGCAAAGUGCCCCUUCUGCUUCCACGGGUUUUCUCAGCUAAAAUAAAGUUUUGCAAGAGUUCCCAGA